GUUGAGCUCUCGCGUUCGUCGGUUCUGCGUCUGAUAGACUGCCUAGUUUGGCGUUGGAAAUAACUUUGAGCAAACUUCCUUCCUUCCUUGCUUCCCAACGAAAAGAUCCACCCAUCGUAACGCAAAGGUUUGCUCCUUCCGUGCGCGAGUGAGAGUUCGUUUGUACACACAAGGUUUCCCCUCCGUACGCGUCGUCGGUUUGGGUUUUCCUACAUAGCUUGUGCCUUGCGAUUUUUAAAAGUCUCGUUUUCUGUUUGUCCAUCGAAGGGACCAGUGGGAGGCCUUGUGCAUCGGUAAAUUGCGAUCACCAGAUUUCGGUCGUGUACACACAAACGCAAAAAUUUUGACGUUUAGUUAGUCGCGACGUGUUUUCAGCAUCGCCUCGAUAUUGGUGGUGUGUGUCUCGCGACAAUUUCGGAAAACGCGAACAGGAGAAAGUACUCGUACUCCAACAUCCAACAGCAGCAGCCGUGCGGUUGCGCUUCCCCUUUUUGCUCCGGAUAUCUCGGUACUGAGCGCCCGGGGUUGUAUUGAUAGAACGCCGUGUGAGUAACACACGUUGUGCCGCCCCUCGUCCCUCCACCAUCCAAGGCGGUUGGGAGCUUUUUUUUCUGCUUUCGCGGCGACCAGUUGCUGAAAAAUUGGCUAGUUUUUCUUAUUUCGGUGUCGAAACGAUUCUUCAUUCCGCUUCUCCUUGUUCGGUUUCUUUCCCCCCGAAUUGUGCAAGAAAACGCACGAAAGUGCGCGCGCGGUGGUGAUUACUUCAUCCGUUUCGAUUGGUGUUUGACUCUGUGUGUGAGAAAUCACGAAGUGCCUCUGCUCGAUACGCCUCGCGGAUAAGACACAAAUAUCUCCAUACGCAAGAAGAAAGCAGCGCGCAUCGCCUCACCAUCUGUUCGGUGCACUUGUUUGAUUAUUUUUUAUUUUAGAUUGUUAUUCUAACUGCGUUCAAAUUGACCACGGGAUAAAACAAAACAUCACACAAGAUGGCGUUCAUAUUUACAGACGUGUACGAUUGGUACAGAGACCUGAUGGACAAUAAAAGUGAUCCCAGAAUAGCAGACUGGCCGAUGAUGUCCUCACCGCUACCCACACUCGCACUGUGCGUAUUCUACGCAUACUUUAGCAAAUCGCUAGCACCAAAGCUGAUGGAGAAACGAAAACCCUUGGAUCUUAGGAAUUUUCUAGUUGUAUAUAACUUAUUUCAGACUGUCUUCAGUACGUGGAUAUUUUACGAGUAUUUACAAAGUGGAUGGUGGGGCCACUAUAGCUUUAGGUGUCAACCGGUAGACUAUUCCGACAAUCCCCUUGCCUUACGGGUGAGUAUCCCUCGAAAGCGGGGUAAACAGAAACCUCACCAUGUACCACCCACUAAUCCACCUCCAAAACCAUUUUCGCAGAUGGCGCGGACGUGCUGGUGGUACUACAUCUCCAAGUUCACCGAGUUCUUCGACACGCUAUUCUUUAUCUUGCGGAAGAAGUAUCAGCAUGUGUCGACCUUGCACGUUAUUCACCAUGGCUGCAUGCCGUUCUCGGUUUGGAUGGGCAUGAAAUUCGCCCCGGGUGGUCACAGCACAUUCUUCGCCAUGCUGAACUCAUUUGUACAUAUUGUUAUGUAUUUCUACUACAUGGUAGCUGCUCUAGGACCAAAGUACCAGAAGUACAUCUGGUGGAAGAAGUACCUAACCGCUUUCCAAAUGGUGCAAUUCGUGGCUAUCUUCACCCAUCAGUUCCAACUGUUGUUUACCGAAUGCGACUACCCGAAAGGCUUCAUGGUGUGGAUCGGUCUCCACGGCGUCAUGUUUCUGUUCCUGUUUUCGGACUUCUACAAGCAGGCAUACAGCAAACGAAAAUCGGCCAUCGCGAAACGGGCCGCCGACAAGGAAGCGACAUCAUCAACCAAAUACGAUGCCCUGAACCAAAAUGGAAGCAGCAGUAUCCACCACCUCAACGGACAUCAUCUUCAUGUGUACCAGAACGGGAAGCUUUCGAACGGAGAUUUGGUCAACAAUAACCAGGGGGCGUGCAUGCCCCUCCUCGAGGACGAUGAGUCGCUCCACCAGCGCAAAGUGACGGCCAAUCGAGUCUACAUGAACGGUGGUUCGAAGACGACGAAUUCCUACUGCAACGGCAACUCGAACGGCUUCGUCGAAGCCGUCCGGGAAGGAGUCUUCGGUGGGGACGCCCCGCCUGUGGCGGGCGGACCUUCGACUUUGGAUAGCGCGCGGAAGCUGCAAUAACCACUCGUUGCCGACCGUACAAAAAGACGACGACGCCACCAGCACCGACGUCGUCUGGUGUAGUGUGAAAUGGUUAACUUAGUUUCUCCUUCCGCGCUGACAAAUUUUUGACCCUUCUCUGCUUUCCGUUUGACGCAAAAUCGCUUGCGCGCUAUUCUUUUCCGUACCACCCCCUCCCCCACAGCCGGUUCUGUGAAGCUUUGUUGUUUCCGAAAUGUGGGGUGACAAGCAUUGAUGAAGAAGUGCGAAAGUUUAUUCAGCGAAAAAAAAUGAUAGAUGUAACAAUUGUCUAUAUAAUAAGGAAUAAAAGUGUUUGAGCGAAUGAGCGAGAUAGUCACUAUAUUUAGCGGAUGAAUGUGAGAGAAUGCAAGGAGGAUGAAUAGAAUAGAUUUUUUCUCUGUGUAGGAUAUUCGAACAAAUCUAGGGUCAGAUCUGGACGACUGUUGUCUUUUUGGCAUUUAGGAAGUGUUCUCUUUAUUGAAGGGUAGGAUUGUUUGAAAAACAAUUGAAGUCUGCUACCAAGCAACUGUUUUUUAAUCUUUACAGUGUUCUAAACAUAGAAGAGAUAAGAAAAAUCACACAGUUACUAUUUUUGAACAACUCUCACAAACGUAUUUAUUUUUCAACAAAAACAUUUUUGCGUCUCACACGAAAUUUAAAACACAAUGACUCUCGCUUACAGAAGAUUUUUAUUCUAUUGCUAUAGCAAUAAAGUCCCAACUCUUCAAUGUUGCCUUUUUCCAUUUAUGCAUUUCUUUUAUGACGGUUUUGUUUUAAAUUAUCCAACCCUAAGUAGAAGUUUUAUCUGAUUCAAAUACCAAAUGACAGUUCGGACAUAUUCAGCCACACAAACAACAACACUUGCUCAAAUAAUGUAUUAUUUCAUGCUCUUGAUUAUAAUUUAAUGUUUUAAUCCUCUCACCCUGCAUAACACGCUGCGUGAGUUCAGUUGAACCUAAAGCAAAAAAAAAACACUAUCGAGGUGACAGUUUCCAGUAACUUGUAGUCGGCAGAUUAAUAUAGCAUAGGGACGAUCAACUUCGGGACAGGACGGGAAAUAACGAUUAUUUAUCGCAUUUUUUACAAUACACAAGCUUUUUGAAACACCCUUAAUCACCCAACACUAAAUUCUCCAUACUAGAGACUAAAGAGCUCUAGAGAAUCGUUGGUAUUGGAACGGAACGAAUAAAAAUAAUGCUUUGGCAACGACCCACCCGACUCACUCACAAUUUGAAACACACAAACAAAUACACGCACCCUACUACCAAUUGUAAGUAAUGUGUAGACCAUUGAUUUUCGUCAUUGUCGUCGAUUAAGUUAAGUGUUUUAUAUCAUGAUUUUUGAAAGAGACUUUUUGGAAGGAAGCCGAUCUGGAUUCUUCCGGGAGCUCGCCGGAGAGAACGAAGGAUCGAAGGUGUGAAGCUACGCGCAGCCGUAUGAUUUCUUGUUAUCUAGGUUAAAUAGUUAGUGUAAGACUGUGUGCGGCGUCCGCUCGGUAAUGGAGAGGGAGCUUAGGGGCGAACAAACGAAUAAAUGAUAAUGAAACUAACUAUUGUUGUAAAAGAAGCUGGUCCAAAUAAAAGAUUAAGUUUAACUCA